AUGGCCUCCUGCGCGGAUGUGGAUCCUCCACCGCUUCCUUUCGAGAUAUUCCUGAGUGUGAUCGACGUCUUGAUUUCACGAGCCGAGUAUUCGGCAGACCCCAUCAGCAUGCGUUUCUACCUAUCUCUCAACUCCAGCACCAAGUCGAGGCUUAGCGCGCAAGUCAGCGAGUUGUACACGGGGCCUCAGCACACGGUAGACGAAGGCAUGUGGCGAUUUCGCAUGCUGCGCCUCGCAUCACAGAUCAGCAGCAAGACUCGUAGCAUGGUACAUCAGAAGUUCCAUCGCAUAACAAUUUGGGAUCCGUACGCCCAAAGGACAGCGUUUCUGUGGGUGUAUCCCAAGAUCGAUCGUUUCGCGCCCAUCUUUUGCACCAUGCCCGAAGACUGUUCGCGUCUCAGACAAGCUCUGCAGCAACCGACUCCCGAGGACAGCACCCUUGUCCAGUGCAUUGUGAGCAUACACGGCAUGCCGAGGGAGUUUCUUCAAGAAGAGUACGCCACGGAUAUCCAGACGGUGUUGUCGCUUCCGAACCUUCGGGAAAUCACGCUAGAUUCAGACGUGGUCUUUGUCAGCUCACAUCAUCAAGUCUCAAGAGACCACCCUCACCCCAGCGAUGAGUUGAUUCCAAUAGAUUCGAGUAUAUUUCCGACUCUCGGGAAAUGGGAGGAAACUCACGGUGAGGCACUGGAUGCUUUCUGUCGGCAGGCUCAGGAGAGGGGUGUCGCCGUGUUUGUAGGCUUUGGUGGGAGUGCGAGCAGGAAGAAGGUGGAGCUUUUUCCGACGAAAGAUGGCGUUCGCGUCAAGCUUGUUGGUUAUGUGUGUACAUGCAACGGCUUCCAACAGUGA